CUCUCUCUCGCUCACAAGAGGCGUGACUACCGAGAAACAUAUGAGGAAGAGAACAGCUCGGUCGGAUAAUAUCCAGCCAGUUUCCACACCGAAAUUAUUUGCGGUGUCAGAUUCGCGGAAGACACCAAAAAAGAUACGCCAGUGUGUGCUCAGUUCUGGCCUGGACUAUUGUGUGGCUGACCUGUAAAUUCCCAUCCUCCGCUACUCCAGAGAUCACCAUGGCGACAAUCGUUAUGGAGCGGAUUGGCCGACUCUUCAUUAAUCUGCAGCAGGUGGGGCGAGUUCCCCAGAUGCUCACCGAGGCCUUACCCUCCACGGCCGACACCCUGCGUGACACGGAGGUGCCCUGGUUUUUCCGUGAACGCUACAUUCACUCUGGCUACCGGCCGCUGCACCAGAACUGGCGCUACUACUUCCUUUCGCUCUUACAGCGGCACAACGAGACCAUAAAUGUGUGGACGCACCUAAUCGGCGUGCUAGUGGUCCUUGCGAGAACUACGCGGCUUACCGAAACCGUCGAUUUCAUGAACGACCCUCAUUCCUGGCCGCUUUUCAUCCUGCUCUUGUCCUCAGCGAGCUACUUGACCUUCAGCACCGUGGCCCACCUGUUGGCGGCGAAAUCUGAAAUCUGCCAUUACGGCUUCUUCUACCUGGAUUACGUAGGAGUGGCACUGUAUCAGUAUGGAAGUGCAGUGGUGCACUACUACUACGCCAUUGAGGAAAGCUGGCACGCACGUGUACGAGGUUGUUUCAUGCCUAUUGCUAGCUUCUUGUGUUGCCUGUCUUGCUUCGGCUGCUGUUAUGGGAAAUAUCGCAAUUACAGCCUUCCUCCCUGGGUUCGCAAAGUAGGCCAAGUGGUGCCUUCAGCCGUCGCUUAUGGCUGGGACACCAGCCCUGUGUUUCAUCGUUUCGUCAUCUGGUUUCUGUCCUGGAUGAGGGGCGAUUUCAGAAACAGUCCUGCACUGCUCUUUCACUUCGGCCAGGUGGCGUUUUUUCUUUCCAGCGCUUUUUUCUUCACCCAGCCUGUUCCCGAGCGCUGGUUCCCAGGUCACUGUGACUUCUUAGGUCAGGGUCAUCAGGUAUUCCACGUGCUGAUGGUUCUGUGUACAGUCUGCCAGAUCCACGCUUCACAUUUGGACUACUUCAACCGCAGAGACUUCUAUGUGAAACUCCAUGCUGAUGGCGAGGCAUUGUUCUUUGUUGCGCUCUUCAUUUUAACACUCAUCACCUCUGCUCUGAUAGCCUUGUAUAUGCUCGCGAAAGUAAAAAGAUUACAGGGAAAAACGAAGUAAAGAAUAGGAGUAGUUUGUCCUGCACUUGAAUGGUGGAUGGUCAGCACGCUCCCAAGGAGUAUUAGAGUUAUAGGCUGAUGAAAUCUGAUGAAAAGGUUUAUUCAAGCCCACAUAGCCUUUAGCUAACAGUGAUUCUGCAUGUUUCUGGAUCAAUAUUCUUGUUGGUCCUGUAACAACAUUCCUAUCAUCAAAUUCGAUUUUACAGUGUUAGGUUAGGGAUCAGGUUAUGACUGUGUUUGUAUGUGCUGUUCAAGGACUGAACUUUGAGCAAAUGCUUAAUGUUCAAACCGAUCAUGUUAGUAUUUCUGAAUGUGUUUUUAAUGAACUGCUUCUGUUAAAGCGAUAGUUCACUCCAAAAUUCGAAUUCGGUCAUCAUUCGCUCAGCCUGCAUGACUUUCGUUGUUCUACAGAAGAGCAAAAGGCAGGUACUUUGAAGAAUGUUGGUAACCACGCUUUUGUUUCCACAAAAGAAAUUAAGUCACAUAGGUUUGAAGAUUAUGGGAGAGUAAAUGAUGACAGGAUUUCCAUUUUUUGGGGGGUGAACUGUCCCUUUAAUAUCGUUCCUGUGAUGUACCAUACUUCAGUUACAAACCAGCCAGCAAGUACACACUAAAGAAACCAGCGUGCAGUAUUGAGAAUAUGGAAAUAUAUAUCAAUAUUUAGGUGUUUAGAUGUCUGAUUUUACUUGAAGUAUGUAAAUUCUAAAUUGUAGAUUGUGUUAUGAAUGCGGUCUUUUUUAUGUAAACAAAAGAACACAAUGUUAUAUUGUCAGUCAUCAUAUUGGCUUUGAGGUAGUAAAACAAAAAAAGACAAUCUGUCUUAAUUUCUAUGAUUCUGAGAUGUUUAUUCUAUGUCUUCUAAAGAGGGACAGUAUUACCAAUGCAAUCAUGAUCACUGCUGUGCCUUAAUGAGCAUUUUGAUUCAUAUAUAUCACACACAUCUCGUGUAACUGAUAACGAACAGUAGCACUGUAUUACUGAGAUUGCUUGUAUUUGCUUUGAAUGAC